AGGAAGUGAUGAAACGAAAGGGCUGGGUUUGUGAGACGCUGGACACUUCCUACUUUUCUUUUAUAGAAUUAAGUUGAAAAUAAAGUUCAUUUAUCGUUGUCAGCACGCGCUCAAGUGAUCAUGGGGAAAAUUGAGUGGGCGAUGUGGGCAAACGAGCAAGCUCUGGCUGCUGGACUCAUUUAUGCGACUGGUGGGAUUGUCGGGGUGGCUGGUCAGUUCAGAGGUUGGCAGUUUGCAGCUUUUGGAAUUGCUGCCGGUGUUUUUGUGUGUUUGCUUGAAUAUCCACGAAGCAAACGGGGCAAAGGCACCAGCGUUGAGAGAACUGGUCAGUAUUGCUUCACAGUUUGUGUAAAGGCUUUUGGACCCCUGACCAGAAACUAUUACGUCAGAGCAUUCUUGCACGCUGCGCUGUGUGUUCCAGGGGGGUUCAUGUUAGCCACAGUUCUGGGAUGUGUGUGCCUAGGAAUUGCCAGUUUAAUCUAUCUUUCAGCAGCUAUUCACGGAGAGCAUUGGGAGCCCAUACUGCCCCGCACAGAGCCACCAAAGCGUGUUGGGGAUAGCAUCAAAGAACCUCCUCAAAACCCUCCACCUCGGCCUCCACCUGAACUCCGCCGGAAGAAAGCAGAUAAACUAGAGACUGCUGCAUAUGACAAUCCCAUGUCUGUGACCGUAAAUGAGUAAGGAUAACAUUGUGAAAACAGUAACCUAUUAUUCAAGGAGGCUUCAGUAAAAAGUAACCGUGUUAAGAUGAAACAUUUAUGAUGAGAUUAUAGUAACAACUUGCAUCAAGACAGAGAGUGAGCUAGCACUGACUCGUACCAUGUUUAUUUUAUAAUAUGUAUGCUGUGUAACUCUUGAUCAAUUUGAAACAUUCCAGAUAUUAUUACUAUUAAUAGAGGAGCAAUUUUUGUGUAAGAAUUUUUUAUCAUCAAUAUAAUCAUCGAAGAAUAAAAUCAUUUUACUGGGUUGCUGUAAAAAAUUUAUACAUUGAUUGUGUAUAUUUACCUCGAAAGUGUAUAUAGUUAUGUCUUAACUGGUACAAUAAACUCAGGAUGUACUUCAUUCAAUCAUUUGUCAUCUAUAAAAUAUUGCCAAAUUUCAUUUCCUUUUUUAUGUGUUGUGCAUAUGUAUAACCUAAUGCUGUGGUUUUUCAUUUACAAAUCAACUUUUUAAAUGUAGCAACAUUUUUUCUCUAAAAUGAAUCGCAUCCUGAAAUGUCUAUAUUCAUAACAACAGGUCGUGUUUUCGAAAUCCUCCAUUACUCGACAAGGAACAAGGAAGUUAAUCUUGCUCAAAUAAAAAAUGAAACUCAUUGUCCUUUGUGCUCGUUUGAUUGACUGUUUCUUUGACGUCUAAUGUUAAAUUCACUGUCAUGUACAUUGAAAAAAUAAGUUCUGUAGAAUAAAGAUCUGAUUGUUCCCAUCAAA